AUGAUAGGCAUAUACAGACUAUUGUCUGUCAAAUACGAAAAGCAAAUAACCGUCACGCGUCAGCAACUUAUAUCAAGGAUUUCUGUUAUGAAUCCUCUCUACUCUUUAAUGAGUAAUUUUCAUUUGUUCGAGUUGUUGAGCGCUGCAUCAAACUUCUUCCACUUAACCUGCAUAGAAAUAUGCGAGAUGGCUAUCCUAUUGCAGAGGUUUAAAAAUUUCUUUUCGUUCACAAACGAAGAAAUUAUUUAUAUUAUAGCUUAUAUUACAAAGGCAAAUUUCAAUGCAAAGAUUGAAAUUUAUGAAGAAAAGUUAGUAAAACGCUUUCCAGAUUUUCUAAUAAAAUACGGAAACUUUUUAAAUGCAAAUUUUGCAGCUCAAAACAUCAGCACUACCGAUAUUUUCAACAUGUAUAAAGAGCUUAUGGAAGGAAUUGUAACGCCUCAAAGAGAAAUUGAUGAGUUAAAUGAAAAUUUAAAUUCUAUUAUGAGGACUGGUUAUAAAAGGAAGGCAUCAAAGUUAGACAUGAAGGAUGAGAUAGCUGUAAACUUGCACUUAAAAAAGAUUCAGAUUAAGAUUAGCUUUUUGCCUAGCAGGUACCGGGAUUUGCACCCCUACACGCUCAUCACUCCCGAGGAGCUUCGGCAGAAAACUCUCCUUGUUGCCGCAAACAAGGGAUUCGAACUGACCAGUCUUGACUUUCUAUGCCUUCUGGAGCCUAAGGGCCAACCACUGGGUCGAAACUCCUAAUUUCUCGUUGGACAAAUGCUAUCUGUCGAUUCUGUUCGAGGGAAUCAGCUUCCACUCGGGACUGUCGCCGAUCUUGUCCUUUCCAAUGGUUGUUCUGGUGGGUAAAAGCCGAGUCCCACGGAUUAGCUCCAUAGGGUCCGAUUAAAACCUAGCCCGAUAUACAAAAAAGAUUUCAGGCCCCUUUCCACCUAAAUUCCCACCAUGGGGUCAUUGCCUGCGAGCGUUGAAGAAAUAGGUCGAGAGGUCUGGUGGCACGUCGUCACCAUUUUUAUGAAUAUACUUAAAAAAGAUAAAGAAGGAUUUCUUCGGGGAAGAAAACUUGCUCUUCCCCUCCUUGAGCGAACAAAAAGUUAUGUUCGCUCAUGGAUUGUUUUAUAAAAAAUUUAUAUAUGUAAAAAUUGAGAAGCAAAAAUUAAUAUAAUUUGCAAAUUUAUAUUUUAAAAACGAGGGCUUUUAAAAUUAAUCAGAAAUAUCAAUGUUUUUUUCAUAAAAAUGUUUGUUCACUUUUCCAAAAAAUAAGGAUUUUUCAAAUAGUUUUGCUCGCUCAUUGAGGGGGAUUUAGAUGAUUUGGAGGUCUAA